CCAUAUAAUAUACACUAAUCUAUUUUUAAACGUUUAGUAAUUUCAUUAUAAUUUGGGAACGUUUUCGAAUCAUCGGUGAGGCUAAUGAGAUUCCUAAGAUAAUUUUGCUUGUGACAAUUCGCUGUGUUACUCGCUGAUCGUUUACCCACUUACAACAAAUACUUCCCAGCCCAGCAGUCUUAUAUUGCACGAUAAAUAACGUUACACGGACAUUCUAAUUAAAGUUCAUCGCUUUGACAUUCAUACCAUCCUAUCAUUGAACACAAUCGGCGACAAACCAAUAACUGCAAAGCUACACAUCGUAAUAGUAUCACUAUCAGAAAAGGGUUCGGCUCGAUGAUUAUAACACUCAUUAGAUAAGGACUAGGUGCAAUUUACGAAACAAUCUAACAUGUUAAUCAGCUUAAAUAAUGGGAACUACUUACAUGCAGGUGUUUUAUUUUGAAUAUGGUCCUAGAUGUUAUAAACGUUGGUGCAAGCUAGACGUGGGUUCUAGGUAGAAAAUGGUGCAUGCCGAUCGUCGCCCAGUACGGUGCUCAGAACAAGCACAAGUGUGUAACUAACAAUGCAUGCAGUGUACAUAGUGUAGUGGAGAGAUUGAUAUAAGUGCCCAGAGGCUAUGCACACUCGUUCUUCAAAAUGACAGAAAGACGAAAGAAAAAAACGCACAAUGGAUUCCUUCGAAAAGUAUCCUCCCUGUUCAAUCUUGACACGGCUCACGUUCCAACACCAGAAAUGAAACAGUUACAGAUAAAUGGUAUAGAAGGUGGUGGAACGGACCGGACAGUGGGUGAAGAUGGAUUUUUAUAUCUGACAGUAGCACUAUCAAGAGCAGGAGGUGCAGGCCUUGGUUUCAGUAUUGCAGGCGGCUCUGACAACCCACAUGUGGCUGAGGAUCCACUUAUUUAUGUUACCAAGCUUAUCCCUGGAGGUGCCGCUGCCGCAAGUCAACUACAGAUUAAUGAUGCUAUAUUGCAAGUUAAUGACACAAAUGUUGAAAAUGUGACUCAUGCUGAAGCAGUAGAUGCGUUAAAAAAGGCCGGCAACACCGUAAGACUGAAAAUAAGGCGUCGUACUACCGAGGACACAUUAACAGUACCAAGCAUAACGAAUAAAGAACAGGCGGUAGAGAUAGAGUUGGUGAAAGGAGGGUCAGGUCUGGGGUUCAGUAUAGCGGGCGGUGUGGGCAACCAGCACAUACCGGGCGACAAUGGUAUCUACGUCACCAAGAUAAUGUCUGGCGGCGCCGCGCACCGCGACGGCCGGCUGAGGGUCGGCGAUAAACUGCUCAUGGUCAAAAACACAUCGAAAGGCGACGUGAACCUGGACAACGUGACGCACGAGGACGCGGUGAGCGCGCUGAAGGCGUCGGGCGAGCGCGUGCAGCUCGUGCUGGUGCCCGGCCCCCGCCACGGACAGCCCUCGCCCAGGACCUCGCGAGCUAACACACCAUCAAGCACGGCCAAUUCUCUCCGACGUGAGGACGUAACGGACGGUAGUGAGGAGCCGCGUGUCGUAGAACUGGAAAAAGGUCCUCAAGGGCUCGGCUUUAAUAUAGUAGGAGGUGAAGAUGGACACGGCAUCUAUGUCUCCUUCUUACUCGCCGGAGGGCCGGCAGAGAAGUCAGGGGAGUUGCGCCGGGGAGAUAGAUUACUUGCAGUCAACGAUACGGAUAUUACGCACGCGACUCAUGAAUUAGCGGCAAAGGCUUUAAAGGGCACAGGACAGAAUGUAAAAUUGACAGUAGUUUACCGGCCGCAGGAAUACAAUAAAUUUGAAGCUCGAAUCAACGAACUCAAACAACAUCAUACGCUUUUAAGAACGUCACAAAAACGAUCGCUUUAUGUCAGAGCUCUGUUUGACUACGACCCGGUGAGAGACGACGGCUUACCUUCGCGGGGUCUGCCCUUCCGCUACGGAGACAUUCUCCAUGUCACAAACGCUUCCGAUGACGAAUGGUGGCAAGCCAGACGCCUGGACACGACGGAAGCGGACGCGAUCGGCAUCAUCCCGUCGAAGCGUCGCUGGGAGCGCAAGCAGCGCGCUCGCGACAGGCAGGUCAAGUUCCAGGGACAGGGCACGCCAGUAAGUACUAGCCAAUCGACGCUUGAGAGAAAAAAGAAAACUUUAUCAUUCAGCAGAAAGUUUCCGUUCAUGAAGAGUCGAGAGGAUGGUAAAUCAGAAGAUGGUUCGGAUCAAGAACCUUUCAUGCUAUGUUACACGCAAGAGGAUACCAAUGCGGAUGGCCAAGAUGAGAAUGUGCUAUCGUAUGAGACGGUACAGCAGUUGACGAUAGCGUACACGAGGCCGGUUAUUAUCUUGGGCCCUCUCAAAGACAGGAUCAAUGAUGACCUCAUAUCAGAGUUUCCUGACAAGUUUGGAAGCUGUGUGCCUCAUACAACGCGGCCGCGUCGUGAUUACGAAGUGGACGGUCGUGACUACCACUUCGUGUCGUCGCGGGAGCAGAUGGAGCGCGACAUACAGAACCACCUGUUCAUAGAGGCCGGACAGUACAACGACAACCUUUAUGGUACCUCCGUCGCCUCUGUGCGGGAGGUAGCUGAGAAGGGCAAGCAUUGCAUUUUGGACGUGAGCGGGAACGCCAUCAAGAGACUGCAGGUGGCGCAGCUCUAUCCCAUUGCCAUAUUUAUUAAACCAAAGAGUGUAGAGUCUAUUAUGGAGAUGAAUAAAAGAAUGACUGAAGAUCAAGCGAAGAAAACGUACGAACGAGCGCUGAAAAUGGAACAAGAAUUCGCUGAAUACUUUACAGCGGUGGUGACCGGCGAUACGCCUGAAGAGAUCUACGCGAAAGUGAAGGCGGUCAUCACUGCGGAGAGCGGACCCACCGUGUGGGUGCCGCGCCGCGACCCCCUGUGAGACGCGCCCCCCGGCGACCGCCGCGCGCCCCCCGGCGACCGCCGCGCG